UAUACCCAAACAAGAAGUUCCUUAUACCAUUAAUGGACACGUUACAGUUACGCACAGAUGGAAAUGUUAAUUAUAAAGAAAUGCUGAAUCUCUUGAAUUGGAAGCGCAGUUUACCUAUUCUACCAACAAUUAAACAAGCACCAGUGGCGAGUCCAUAUUGUACUACGUAUAAUGACAGCAUAAAAAAUAUUCAGACAACUGAUAGCGCAAAAGUACGUACGGCAGGACUUCCAUCUGAAAGAUCAGAUUUUCUGAGAACAAUGUUACCGCGCGCCGGAUUACACCCAGACAAGGAAAACUUAAGUGAUCAAACCUCCGUUCAUUGCUUAAUAUCGCCUAGCAUAUUUACGAGAUACGGGUUGACACAUAUAGAUUUUUUCAAGAUACGCGACAAAGAAGAAAUACGAAGCAUAUUUGAGAACGUCGGUUUCGAAUUUUCAGAAGAGAGCUUCGAUACGCUUUGGCAAGAAGGAAUGCAGAAGGAUUGCACCGGCGGUGUUUGCGUUGAAACAUUUCGUAAGUUACUCGCCAUGUCAGGUUUCAUGGCGAAGAAAAUUACAUGUGAAAAUUAAAUGCAUCCAAGUUUUUCAUCUUGAAAAAUCUUA